AUGGCUUCUGUGCCUGGAAUUCUUACUGAUUGGCCAUGGACAGCUCUUGGAAGCUUCAAGUACGUGAUCUUGGCUCCGUGGGUCAUCCACAGCACCUGGUUGUUUGUGGCUAACGAUGGAAAAGAAAGAGACAUUUCAUACUUCCUCAUACUUGCGGUUGUGUUAUGGAGGAUUCUCCACAACCAGAUAUGGAUCUCUCUGUCUCGAUACCGAACUGCCAAAGGCAAUGGCCGGAUCCUUGACAAGGGUCUAGAAUUCGAACAGGUCGACAGAGAAAACAAUUGGGAUGACCAAAUAUUGUUCAAUGCACUCCUAUUCUACACAGGGAGCAGGUACCUGCCUGGUGGUCAACACUCACCGUUUUGGAGGGCAGAGGGACUUCUUUUAACCAUUGUGCUUCAUGCUGGUCCUGUGGAGUUCCUGUAUUAUUGGUUUCACAGAGCACUUCACCAUCAUUACCUCUACUCUCGCUACCAUUCUCAUCACCAUUCCUCAAUCGUUACUCAGCCAAUUACUUCUGUGAUUCAUCCAUUUGCAGAGCAUGUAGUAUAUUCUGCGCUCUUCUUUAUACCAAUUUUGGGAACUAUGUUGACGAGAACACUGUCUGUGGUAUCUUUUACUGCUUAUAUUACUUACAUCGACUUCAUGAACAACAUGGGGCACUGCAAUUUCGAGCUCAUUCCAAACUGGCUCUUUUCUCUAUUUCCUCCUCUCAAGUAUCUUAUGUAUACACCCUCGUACCACUCCUUGCAUCACACACAAUUCCGAACCAAUUACUCACUUUUCAUGCCAAUCUACGACCAUAUAUAUAGAACCAUGGACAAAUCUUUGGAUGCUCUCUACGAAACUUCACUCAAGAGAGAGGAAGAAACACCAGAUGUCCUUCAUCUAACCCAUCUAACAACACCUGAGUCCAUCUAUCAUCUACCACUAGGAUUUGCUUCCCUGGCCUCUAGGCCCUACACAUCAAACUGGUACCUGUGGUUGAUGUGGCCUGUGACAUUGUGGUCUAUGAUUUUAACUUGGAUCUAUGGCCGUACAUUUGUGGUUGACAGGCACCGUUUUGAUAAUCUCAAAUUACAGACUUGGGUGAUACCAAAGUACAGUUUGCAAUACUACAUGCAAUGGCAAAAUGAACCUAUCAACAGACUGAUUGAGGAAGCCAUAAUUCAAGCAGAGGAAAAGGGUGUCAAAGUCUUAUGUCUGGGUCUCUUAAAUCAGGGUGAGCAGCUGAAUAGAUAUGGUGGUCUGUAUGUUCACAGGCAUCCUAAUCUCAAAAUAAGGGUUGUGGAUGGAAGUAGCUUAGCUGUGGCCAUAACCCUAAACACCAUUCCAAAAGGGACCACCCAAGUUCUUCUUAGAGGCAACCUCACAAAGGUUGCUUACGCCAUUGCUUUUGCUUUGUGCCAGAAGGGUAUCCAGGUAGUUACAUUACACAAGGAUGAGUAUUUGAAGCUCACCAAAUCAUUCAGUAGCACUGAAAGUAGCUUGGUUCUUGCAAAAAGCUACGCACAUAAGAUUUGGUUAGUGGGUGAUGGAUUGAGUGAAGAAGAACAGCUGAGAGCACCAAAGGAACAUUAUUUAUUCCCUUCUCCCACUUCCCACCAAAAAAACUGCGCAAAGAUUGCUUCUACCACUACCCACCAGCAAUGA